GUAAGUCAGAAGCACGUGUCUAAUUUAGCAGUGAAUUGAACACCAUGGUACUAAAAGUUUCCUGGGAAACGAAUAUAAAUUUAAUAGUUUGUUGAUUAUUUAAAAUAACAGAGAAUAUCCUGCACAAUUUGUGGCUAUCAAAUUUUAUAAAAAAUGGAAGACGAAAAUAUUGAAACAAUAUUAAAUUUGUGUAAUAAUUUACAAACAAAUGAUAAACGUACACGGAAGAACAACUUAGAAAUUAUUCAUCGCGAAAUAUUCAAGAAAAAUGAUACAAAUCGAUUAAGGAAAAUAUUUAAUCAAAUCAAUAUGCAUAUCCUGAAAUGUUUUAGUGAUUCUGCAGAAAGUUGUCGACAAAUUGCUAUUGAUAUUAUUAAAGAUUUUGUAGUAAAUUUGGAUAUCAAUGAUUACUAUUUAACAUAUAUUUUUCCAAUAUUAGAAAAAAGACUUGGAGGUAUUAUUAUUGUGGAAGAAUCAGAAGAAAUACGAUUACAAUUAGUAACUUUUUUACAUACUAUCAUCGAAAAAUAUCAAAAUAAUCUUUUAAUGCCCUUUUUUGAUAUCCUUACACAAAUUCUUACAAAAACUGUUGUUGAUCCAUUUCCGAAAGUAAAACAAGAAAGUUGUUUGUGUAUAUCAGCUUUAACUAAAGCUUUACCAAGAAAUUUUCAUAUGCAAGCAGAAUCAUUCUCAAAAGCUUUAAUUCCACUUUUGUCACAUCAACAUUUUCGAAUUCGCGUUGCUGGUAUCAAAUGCUUAUGCGAUGUAGUUGAACACGGUGGAGGAAAAAUACUGGAUGAUGUUCUUAUUGGUUUAGCAAAUGCCAUGAAUGAUCCAUUACCGGCUGUUCGAUUAUCUACUAUUGAAACCGCUCAUGCUUGGCUAUUAAGACAUCCAGAUAGAUAUUCAUAUUUUCCAAAAUUUCUAACGAUAAUUUUAUUAGGUUUGUCAGAUGAAGUACCAGAAAAUAUGGAUAAAUCUUAUGUAGCAUGGAAAGAAGUAGGAAGGCAAUAUGCAAUGGAAAAUGAAAAAGAUAUGAAAGAUAAGUUAGAUUAUUUAGAGGGCACAAUUCCGCAUUAUCCAUACCCAGUUGAAAAUCGACCUACAAUCGGAUGUCGAACAUUAGUUGUACGACAUACAAUGAGACUUUUAACAGCCAUCGCUCAAGAUUUAUUUGAUUGGCGUGUAGAAAUUCGAAGAUUAUCAUCUAGAUUAUUAUGUGCCGUUGUAUUACACAAUGAAGAUGAUAUCACUCAACAUUUACAAAAUUUAUUACCGAAUAUGGCAAAAGCAUCAAGAGAUUCUGAUAUGGAAGUUAUGAAAAAUGUCAAGGAAGCGGGGCGAAUUUGUGGUCAUUUUAUUUUACCCAAAGUAUAUUGUGAUAUUAUCUUACCUGCUAUAGAAGGGCAAACUGGACCGAUUAUUGGAUUUUUAAGAACAUUAACAUCAUUAAUUAGUGGUUCACAAUCUGAAUAUUUGGAACAUAAAUUAAACGAUAUUUGUUGUGUUUUACUCAAAUCAGAUGUUUGUCAAACUCGUGAGAACUUGCCCGAUCUAUUUGAUUGUUGUGAACAAAUUAUCGAAAUCAGUCAAGAACGAUGUGUGAACGUUGAAUAUGAAUUAUUCACAUUGAUCAUAACAAUAUUGGCGUUAAGUAAAGAACCACUUACAGAAAAAGCCAAUAAUUUACUUGAAAAAUUAAGCUCAUCCUUAAAACUUGCAUCAACGAAUGAAUUAUUUGAAAAACAUUCUGGUAAUCUUUUAAAAAUCCUUCAACAAACAUCAAACGGUUGGACACUUUUAACACCAGAUCGUUGUAUAUUCGAGCAACUUUUAAUCAGAUCAAAACAAAAUUUUUGUUUAAAUUUUCAAAUAAUUCUUAAAAUAUUACAAAAUACACUAAAUAUUAAUGGUGAUGGUGAAGUACGUUUAAAAACAUUUAUUGCAUUAUCAACAAUUCUUUUACAAAUUGAUAAUGAUGACAAUGAUAAUAAAUUUGAAGAAAAUAUGAAACGAUUAAUAACUGAAAUUAUUGAACCGAAUUUAAUAUGGCGUGCAGGACGUACAAAUGAAUCCAUACGUAGUGCAGCUAUUGCAUGUUUAUGCACUUGUUUGCCAUUUUGUGCAAAUGUGUUGCCGAGCAAUUUGUUAAACACUUUGAUUGGUUUGGUUGAUGAGAAGUCGUCAAUGACACGCGUACAUGUUUUACGUGCAAUUGGAUAUUAUGCUAAUGCACAUGCUGGUCAAUUGAGUAGCGAUAUAUUUAAUUUACUUUACCCUGAUAUAUUAAAACGUUUGGAUGAUGGAAUUGAUAAUGUUCGAAUAGAGGCUGCCGUAACUUUAAAAAGCCUAUGGAAUGGACUAAAUUUAGAAACUUACAAUGGUGAUUCAACUCAUUCAGCUCAUGUGGAUUAUUUAUUUUCCACAUUAUUAAUUCAUCUUGAUGAUCACGAUGUUAAAUUUCAAGAACAUAUUUUAGAUGUUUUAAAAUGUUUGAGUAAACUAAAUAAAACACUAUUAGAAGAAAAAGUGGUGCGUAAUAGAGAAAAAUUUCGAAGUAAAAAUGUAUGCGAUAAUUUAGUUUCAUAUAUUAACUCAGUUUUGUAA